AGAAUGCCCUGAGAGAGAGAGAGAGAUUAUGUCCUUUUUUACACGAAGGGCCCAAGACCGCGCCUCGCGUCUCACGAACUCAACCUGAAUUUUUCAAGGUCAAAAGGGUAAUUUCUUUCACGGAAUAGAAAGCUACAAAAGGAGACCUUCCAGCAAAAUUCGCGGCAUUUUUUCAAUUAGGCUCAACGCUCUUCCCUUUUCUUCGCUGCUGAAACCCUAGAAAUCCCAAACCCUUUCACGCCCACGCCCACGCCCAACGAUGCUAAGGUCCUUGUUGUCUUCUGGUCUUCUCGUUAAUGGCGUAGCUCGAACUACUUCCUCUCAUUCUUUCUCUCUUCUCUUCAAUGGUGUGGCUCGAAGUCCUGGUCACUCUCUCUAUUUCUCUUCUGAAUCCUCUUCGCAAUCUCUCUCUAAAUCACCUGAUGAUGUCGAGCAACAAAACUUCACCACCCUCUCCAUUGAUCGAUCGGGCUUACACAACCCUACUGAUCACUCGCAUAUGCCUUCUUCUGAUUCAGAGCUUGUUAAACAUUUGAAAAGCUUGAUCAAGUUUGGUGGGGGCCCGAUAUCGGUCGCGAAGUACAUGGAGGAGGUAUUGACAAAUCCUAAUGCCGGGUUUUAUAUCAACCGAGAUGUUUUUGGAUCGGGUGGCGACUUUGUUACAUCUCCUGAAGUAAGCCAGAUGUUUGGAGAGAUGGUCGGCGUGUGGACCAUGUGCCUUUGGGAGCAGAUGGGUCAGCCCAAAAAAUUUAACCUAAUUGAACUUGGGCCGGGUCGAGGAACACUUUUGGCAGAUCUACUUCGAGGCACCUCAAAGUUUCAAAAGUUCACAAAGUCCUUGCGUUUGCACUUGGUAGAAUGUAGCCCAACACUACAAAAGCUUCAGCAGAGUACCUUGAAGUGCAUGGAUGAAGAUGUUGCUGGCUGCAAUGAUGGCAAAAGGACCGUUAGUGCGCUAUCUGGAGCUCCUGUUUCAUGGCAUGUUGAUCUAGAGCAGGUUCCUUUGGGAUUGCCCUCCAUCAUAAUUGCCCAUGAGUUCUAUGAUGCCCUUCCAGUCCACCAGUUUCAGAAAACUCCUCGUGGAUGGUGUGAAAAAUUGAUUGAUGUAGAGGAAGAAGAAUCAACUGCAGGAUUUCGUUUUGUUCUAUCUCCACAGCCAACCACCGCAUCCGUGCUCCAUUUGGUGAAACGUUGCAAGUGGGCCCCAAAAGAAGAAUUAGCCAAUCUUGAGCACAUUGAAGUAUGUCCAAAAGCAAUGGAGCUGACUCAUGCCAUGGCAAAGAGAAUCGGCUCUGAUGGAGGUGGAGCACUUAUAAUUGAUUAUGGUCAUAACAGAAUUAUUUCAGAUAGCCUACAGGCAAUACGGAAACACAAAUUUGUGAACAUUCUAGAUGGUCCCGGAACUGCCGACCUUAGUGCUUAUGUUGAUUUCCCUUUAGUCAGGCAUUCUGCAGAAGAGGCUUCAGAGAAUGUAUCUGUGUAUGGUCCAAUUUCUCAAUCCAAAUUCCUGGGGGCUCUUGGUAUAAACUUCAGAGUGGAGGCACUUCUAGAAAAUUGCACAGACGAGCAAGCUGAGUCUUUGAGGACAGGCUAUUGGAGAUUGGUGGGAGAUGGCGAAGCCCCAUUUUGGGAGGGACCUUUUGAGCUCACCCCCUUUGGUAUGGGUUCUCGCUAUCAAGCGAUGGCCAUUGUCAAUAAGAAGCAAGGUGUUCCUAUCUCAUUUGAGACAUGAAUGAGUGAGAGAAAGAGAGGGAGACAGGGACCUCUAAACAGCCAGGCCUGAUCAUUCUGUAUUGUCCAUGCUUACAUGAGAGAGAGAGAGAGAGAGAGAGAGAGCAUAAAGCAAAUAAAACAAAAAGUCAUAAUUUAUUAUGUACGCUAUAGGCCAGUUAUUCUUGUCCAUGUUUCAAAUGUUUUCUAGGGUAGUACUUCAAAGUUGACUCUGAGGAAGAGAGAGAGAAAGAGAGAUUAGUAGGCCCCGAGAGAUUAUUAAGCCUUUUAAUUUAGUUGUAUCCAUGUAGAGAGAGAGAAUUAGACCUGGUAAUUUUAUUGUAUUCAUGUUGACAGAGAUCAUUAUGCCUGUUAAUUUUCUUGUAUCCAUGUUUAAGUUUUGCUAUAGUAAGCAGUUCAAGUC